AAUUUUUCUGUGCGAGACAGUGACCCUACAGGUGGGAAUGCCGCUGAGAAGUGCACUCUGCACGCCAGUGAAUCCGUAGAAAGUCUUUACAGUCUGAAUAGCGGUCAGAGUUCAUCGAGUGGUGUAACAAGUUGCUCUGAUGGGACUAGCAACAGAGACAGUUUCAGGCUUGAUGAUGAUGUUCCUUAUACCGGACCAUUUUGUGGCCGAGCAAAGGUUCAUACUGACUUUACUCCUAGCCCGUAUGACACCGAUUCCCUAAAAAUUAAGAAAGGAGAUAUUAUAGAUAUUAUCUACAAAACCCCCAUGGGCAUUUGGACAGGCAUGUUGAAUAACAAAAUUGGGAAUUUUAAAUUUAUAUAUGUUGACAUCAUUUCUGAAGAGGAAACGCCUGCCCCAAGGAAGAUAGUGAGAAGGAAAAGUAAGCGGCCAAGACCUAAAACAUUACAGGAACUUCUGGAAAGGUUCAAUCUACAGGAAUACAUGUCUAGCCUGCUGCUGAAUGGAUAUGAGACACUAGAAGAUCUGAAGGACAUAAACGAGAGCCACCUCUGUGAGUUGAACAUCACAAAUCCCGAAGAAAGGAUGAGGUUUCUGGUGGCCAUAGAGAACCUACAAGAUCCCGACUGUGGACAAGAACCGGAUAAAGAAACAGCGCCCUUGACACUCAGCCCUGACAUUUGCAAAAACAAAAGUGAACUCAACGACUGUCCUCGAGAUUCAGGAUGCUACAUCACGUUGGAUAAUUCAGAAAACAGCAAAGAGGAUACUGACUCAGAGAAGUUGUGUGAAGAGGUACAGAAAAUCACCAUUACAGAAUCCCCCUAA